AAUCACCAUGUCAAACCCACUGGAUACAGAUGCCGGCUCGGAGAUGUUCGCCAGUUAUGAGAACGAGUUGAAGCUGGUUCAAGCCGAUCUGAACCAGAAGCUGGACCAGAUCGCCGAGGCAAGCGGCGAGCAACGGAAAUCAGCAAUCGGCGUCGCAACACAAGUCCUCGAAGAAGCAACAGAACUGCUCGACCAGAUGCGCAUGGAGAAGCAGAACAUCCCCUCCGCAGCCCGGUCAAAAGUCAACAUCCGCUUCCGCAACUACUCAACCGACAUCGACGAGGUCAAGCGCAAGCUCAAGUCCCUCUCGGAUGACCGACAAGCACUCUUCGGCGACCGGUACACCGACGAGCCGCAGGAUGAGCACCUCGAACAAAGGCAGCAGUUGCUUUCCGGUACGGACCGACUAGAGCGCAGCUCCGCACGGUUGCAGCAGAGUCAGCGCAUGGCGCUGGAGACGGAGGAUGUUGCCCGCGGCACCCUCGGCACCCUGUAUGAGCAGAGGGAGCAGAUCACGAAUGCUCGGAAUAACUUGCAACAGAGUGAGGGUUAUGUCGAUACUAGUAUCAAGACUUUGAGGGGCAUGGCCCGUAGGAUGGCUACCAAUCGGAUGAUCACUAUUGCUAUCAUUACGGUUCUGGUUCUUUUGAUUUUCGCUGUCAUUUACGGCAAGUUCCAUUAGCGCUUGGGUCUUACGCUGGCGUUUGUAUACUCGGCCUUAUCUUUCAUGUCCUUUUAUUUACUGCUCUUACGUCUACACUAGCAAGGCUAUUGCCUGUCUUUCUCUCUCUGUCUCUCGCAUCUUUGCCAUUAUGUAUGAUAGCAUCCGGCAAGACUUGA